CAAACAUCUUCUCACAAAUCAGUGAUCUUCACCUUAUUAUUCUUUUUUUUUUCUUUCUUCUUUGUCCAAAAAUGGCAGAAGAAGAAGAGCAUAGAGAGAAGUUAUUAAAGAAGGAGUACUACUACCCUGAUUGCCCUGGUUGUAAGGUUGAUCAGUACAAAGCUUCACAGCGAGGCUUUCCUUUUCGAGAUGUAUUUAAUAUUUGGAUCAUUGUCGUUGCUAGUUCUCUGCCAAUAUCAUCCCUUUUUCCUUUCCUCUAUUUCAUGGUUAGAGAUUUAAAAAUUGCUGGUAGAGAAGAAGAUAUUGCCUACUAUGCUGGUUAUGUAGGCUCUGCAUACAUGCUUGGAAGAGCUUUGACGUCUGUAUUUUGGGGAGUAAUGGCUGAUCGUUAUGGUCGAAGACCAGUCAUAAUAUUUGGGACAAUUGCAUUGAUUGUAUGCAACACUGCUUUUGGCCUUAGUGUAAACUAUUGGAUGGCCAUAGCUACAAGGUUUCUUCUUGGAAGUUUGAAUGGUAUACUUGGACCAAUGAAGGCAUAUGCAAGUGAGAUUUUCAGAGAGGAAUACCAAGCUCUAGGAAUGUCAACAGUCAGUACAGCAUGGGGCAUAGGAUUGGUCAUUGGCCCUGCUAUGGGAGGCUUCUUUGCUCAGCCAGCAGAGAAGUACCCACAUAUUUUCUCAAAAGAUUCAUUCUUUGGAAGGUUUCCAUACUUCUUGCCAUGCUUUUGCAUUUCACUUAUUGCAGUUGUGGUUCUCAUUAUAAGUUUCUGGCUUCCGGAAACGUUACACAAGCACGAUGGGGAAAACAGAGCUUCGAUUACUGAUUCCUUUGACUCUUUGGAAACCGCUUCUUUUGUAAUUAAUACAAAUCAAAGUAAAGAAGAAAGUCAAGUGGAAAAGAGACCUAAUAAUCUUUUUAGGAAUUGGCCCUUAAUGUCUUCCAUUAUUGUUUAUUGUGUAUUCUCACUUCAUGAGAUGGCAUACAAUGAGAUUUUCUCAUUAUGGGCAGUUAGUCCUAAAAAAUUUGGCGGUUUGAGUUACUCAACAGAGGAUGUUGGUGAAGUUCUUGCAAUCGCAGGUGUUGCUCUUCUUGCCUUUCAGAUGUUCAUAUAUCCAGUUGUGGAGAAAUUUUUUGGAACCAUAAUGGUCUGUCGUGCUUCAGGGGCAUUAACGAUACCUCUAUUGACUAGUUUCCCAUAUUUCGCCCUUUUAUCCGGGGCUACUCUUUUUGUGGUGUUAAACAUUGCAAAUAUGCUAAAGAGCUUCUUAGCUGCUUCUCUUAUAACUGGCUUGUUCAUACUGCAAAACAGAGCUGUGGACCAAGAACAAAGAGGUGCUGCUAAUGGCCUUUCCAUGACUGCAAUGUCUCUAUUUAAAGCUGUUGGCCCUGCUGUUGGUGGUGCAGUGUUUUCCUGGUCAGAAAAGCGUCUAGAUGCCUUCUUCCUCCCAGGUACCCACAUGGUUUUCUUCUUCCUGAAUGCCGUUGAGGCACUUGGAGUUCUAAUGACAUUUAAACCGUUUUUAACAACACAUUGAGUAGUGUUAUUAAAUUAUCGAGGCCUAGGAAAUUAGAUAUUUGUUUCGUGGUGCUUGCUCAUGUAUGAUGUAUUGUACUACUCAAAAUAGUGAAAUUAUAUAUUUCACUUCAGAAUAGCAAUAAUCUUUUGUGCUCUUUA